AUGCUUGCUGAUAGACCGGACCCUAGACCUCAGCAUGCCUUGGUUAAGCAGCUUUCACGAGAUGGUUGUACGAUACCGCCAUCGGUAAAUGAUGUCACUAUCAAUACAAAACAUAUAAACUCUUCAAGUAUUCUUAAUCAUUUGUCCCAAAUUUCCCGUAAUGCCGAUAACCUCAAACGUGAGGCUACAUUUUUGGAGACCAAAAAACUUCCUCUUAUAAAAUUGGAUUCGUGUUUCUCGAUUCAAAGACCAUCUGCUGUUACGGAUUUUCAGUGCGAUGAUACUUUGUCUACUAAAAGGCAAAUCUCACUUGACGAGACUGAAAACAGUCAAAUUGGAACCUACCAAACGGCUUUUGUCGCCCCGAUAGAAUGUGGUGCCUCACAGACUCAUUAUUUUUUACACAUUCCGUUGAGGGGGCUCCGAAAAGGUCCACCUACUGAAAAAAAUGGUCAAAACAGGAGGCCUAUGCCCGUUAAUAUGCUCAGCGCCCCAAAUGUUAUAGCCUCAAAUCGAACCGACUUAAUAGGAGCUCAGCACGAAGCAGUUCGUGAAACAAACGUUUUACAGCAGAUCGAAUCUCUUAGACUUCGUGGCCUUUGGUCCGCCGCGCGUUUACCUAAAAUACUUGAACCACGUCGGGCUAAGGUCCAUUGGGAUUUUCUUCUAGAAGAAGCUUCCUGGAUGGCAGUUGAUUUUAUUGAAGAGCGCAAAUGGAAGCAAAGUGCAGCUAAAAAG